ACUGGAAAGGAUUUGAACAGGAUUAAAAUCUACUUCAUCAUGAGUGUUGUGAACACCAGUUUGCUAAAAAAUGUAUCAUUUGUGCGCCCAGAGUACUUUUUCAUCAGUGGAUUUUCUGGAAUACCUUUCAGCAAAUAUUACUUUGUUUUUUUACUUAUUGUCUAUAUUGUCUCAGUGUGUGGGAACUCCUUUGUCCUAUACAUGAUAUUAAGUAAUCGAAGUCUGCAUAUUCCUAAAUACAUGGGGAUCUUUAAUUUAGCUCUGUCAGAUUUUGGUGAAACAAAUGCACUUAUUCCUAACCUUGUGAAGACUUUCCUUUUUGAUUCACAGUCCAUAUCCUAUGAUGCUUGUUUAGCUAACAUGUUUUUUAUUUUUUUCUUUGCUGGUGGACAGUCUUUAACUCUUGUUGCCAUGGCAUAUGACCGCUUUGUAGCUAUUUGUUUACCCCUGAGAUACCAUGCUAUUGUAAAUAACUCCUUCAUGUUUGUGACUUUAACAGCAAUAUGGUUAUUUAACCUUGUUACAAUUGGUACAAUGGUGGUUUUGGUUACACAACUUUCUUUUUGUAAAACCAUUGAGGUAAAGAGCUUUUUUUGUGACCAUGGGCCUGUUUAUAAACUUGCUUGUAAUGACACCUGGAUAAAUUCCUUAAUGGCAAAUAUUUGUAUUGCAAUAUACCUCUAUGCACCAUUGACUGCCAUAGUUUUAUCAUACAUAGGCAUUCUGUUGGCCUUGACUAAGAUUACAACAUGGGAGGGUCGUCUAAAAGCACUCAAAACUUGUGUCUCUCAUCUGUUGAUAGUAGGAGUAUAUUUCCUACCUGUAGUGAGUACAUACCUUGCCGCUACAAUAUCCUAUCUCCAUCCUAAUGCAAGGAUAAUCAAUACUUCACUAUCAUUUACAAUUCCACCCAUGUUAAAUCCCAUAAUUUAUGUCUUGAACACAAAGGAAUUCAGGGAAUUUAUAAUGAAGAUUCUUAAAAACAAAAACACCACAGUUCCUCAGGUACAGGCAUUAGAAAAGUGA